CCGACGCUGCCUCGACCCAGACCCCCGCCGGGACGAUGGUGAAGUAUUUCCUGGGGCAGAGCGUGCUCCGGAGCUCCUGGGGCCAAGUGUUUGCUGCCUUCUGGCAGCGUUAUCCCAACCCCUACAGCAAGCAUGUGCUGACGAAGGACAUUGUGCACCGGGAGGUGACUCCUGACCAGAAGCUGCUGUCCAGGCGGCUUCUAACAAAGACCAACAGGAUGCCCCGCUGGGCAGAGCGUUUCUUUCCUGCCAAUGUUGCUCACUCGGUGUACAUCCUCGAGGACUUUACCGUGGACCCACAGAACCAGACCAUGACCACUUUCACCUGGAACAUCAACCAUGCUCGGCUGAUGGUGGUGGAGGAAAGAUGUGUUUACUGUGUGAACCCUAAAAAUAGUGGUUGGACUGAAAUCCGACGGGAGGCCUGGGUCUCCUCCAGUUUGUUUGGGGUCUCCAGAGCUGUACAGGAAUUUGGCUUAGCUAGAUUCAAAAGUAAUGUGACCAAGACCAUCAAAGGCUUUGAGUACAUCCUGGCCAAAUUGCAAGGUGAAGCACCUUCUAAGACACAUGUUGAAACAGUUAAGGAAGCAACUGAAAAAGCAAAGGAAACUGCUCUAGCAGCUACUGAGAAAGCCAAGGACCUGGCCAGCAAAGCAGCCACCAAGAAGCAGCAGCAGCAGCAACACUAUGUUUAAAGGAAUCGCCCUACCGCUUUCCCUGCAACAAAAAGGCCCUGCUGCCUUCCCAGAUCGCCAGUCCCUAAAGCUGACAGCCUCUUGGCAAGACCUGGCAUUGAUCAUUGGACCCAGAGCUCCAGCCCCUGAGCA